ACACCGCUGGGUCACCAUACUCAACAGAUUGAAAGAAAAAACCACAGAUAAACAAAUGACUUCAUCUUCUACUAAUAAUACGAACUUGACAUUAAAGCCAAGGUUUUGUAAUUGUGGAAGAAUAGCUUCCGUGCGUAUUGUGCGAACCAAUGCAAAUGGAAAUAAAGGACGUGUCUAUUUUGUUUGCCCAAGAAAAUAUUCUACGAACAACCACUGCAAUUACUUCAGGUGGUUCGCAGACGACGACGACGACGACAACGACGACAUUACCGCAUCAGCUUCAACCAAUGCUGGACCUCGGUCAACAACAGAAGAAAUUAAUGAUCUGAGGACAACGCUUGGUGAGCAUGAUAGAAGGCUUGAAAGGAUGGAGAAGAUGUUCAAGGCAAUGACUUAUGUCAUUGUAUUUUGUGUAUUUUUGUACUUUAUCUUGUAAAUGACUCAAUGUAAGCUACUUUGUGUAUUUUGUGUAUUCAAGAACAAUGUACUUUUGUAUUUUAGGUUUUCGAACAUGCUAUGAAUGUAA